CUUUCGCGUGAGGAUAAAUAUUUUCAGUCGGCAGUGCUGUGGCAUAGGCAGAGGUUAGCGCAAGAAACCUCACAAUGAAAUGUAAAAUUACCAAGUAUAUUCCCGUCACCAUAGCAACGCUGCUGUUGUUUGGGUGCUCUGCUCUCUUCUUCAUCUUUCCGUGUAAAUACUUAACGUUGGAGUAUUCCAUCGGUAUCCCCAUCUACCAGGGUAUCAUCUUCCUGUAUGUGCUGGCCAACUUCUUCCUGGCAACCUUCAUGGACCCGGGGAUAUUCCCCAGGGUGGAGGAAGACGAAGACAAAGAGGACGACUUCCGUGCUCCGCUCUACAAGAACGUGGAGAUCAAGGGCAUCACGGUGCGCAUGAAAUGGUGCACCACGUGUCACUUCUACAGACCCCCCAGAUGUUCUCACUGUAGUGUCUGCAACAACUGUAUAGAGAAUUUUGACCACCACUGCCCCUGGGUGAACAACUGUGUGGGGCGCAGAAACUACAGGUACUUCUUCCAGUUCCUGUUAUCUCUCACCAUCCACAUGUUCUCAGUCUUCACCUUCAGUCUGGUCUACGUGCUCAACCACAAGACAGAACUCACCAGCGUGGAAGUCAUUGCCUCUAUGGCAGUGAUGGGUGUGGUGGGACUGACGGUAGUUCCAGUGGUGGGGCUGGCAGGUUUCCACUGUGUACUUAUAUCAAGAGGACGAACAACAAAUGAACAGGUUACAGGAAAGUUCCGUAGUGGCCAUAACCCGUUCUCCCGAGGCUGUUGGGGGAACAUCUGUCACACCCUGUGUGGGCCCACCUAUCCCAGGUACGUUGGUCGUAAGGCCCGGACAGUGAACGUGCGACCCCACCAGUACCCAGUCAUAUCAGAGAAGGAAGUACACCUCAGUCUGGGCAACACAAGUCUCAUGAAAACAUCACUACAACAACAGACAAGCAAUAGCAUCAUGCAGGAUGGGAACCAUGUUUCUAUGGCAACCCCAGGCAGAUCAGACUUCCCUCACAGAGAAGAGAAAGACCAAGCACAAAAUGGGAAGUUUAUUUUUGAGAUGAACAGCCCGACUUCCCAGGAGCGGGCGUACCGCACGCUCCCCACCUCACAGAGCGCCGCUCCGCUGCAGGAGACCGUCCUGGGCUCGCCGAACAAACCGCCGCACCCGAGCCACAGCGACACACGGCUGGCGUCGCUGGACAGAUGGGAGGGGCGGGGAGGGGGGCGGCGGCUGCCCAGGAGACCCGACGAUCAUGACGACUUCAACAAGUCCCGGAACACCUCCACGUCUUCGCUUGGAUCGCGGGAAAGGAUAAUGUCGGCUGGCCGGCAUAAAGAAGCGGCAAAGGAGAGGUGGCCGAGACGGCAGAGGAGUACGCCGUCGAUAGGCCGGGAGCCGGAGGACCACGAUCGCGAGAGAACGCCGCACCACAGCCGCGCGAACACGCCCCACCACAGUAGAGAACCCACGCCGACGCGGCAGGAACACUUCCAGGCCAGGCCGGCAUCCGGGCUGUACGAUAACGUGCCAGAAAGUGAAAUGCCAAAACAUGGACAGGACGCCAAGCUGGCGGGGGCGCCGCAGAGGUCCCCGUCGUACAAAGCGGCGGCGGCGAGAGAAGGGUCGCUGGGUUCCCCCGGUAACGAACGCGUUGUAGGGUCCGAAGCGCGGAAGCCACCAAGGCAUAGAGGUGGGCCGGGGCAUACACCUACUCAUAGAGUACCUCACGAUGUCUACGUCUUUCCUCAGCAGUUCAUCGCGACGGCGCGGAGUCGGGAGGGCAGCAGGGAUUACGGCAAGUCUCCACAAAGUAGCAGGUCGGUCACGACCUUUAACCUCUCAGGGUCAGUAGAAAUGACGGACAUCCCACAAGGUCAGAGUUCACGGAGGACGCCUGGUAAACAAAGGGAACACAGUUCAGAAAGGAGAAAAGGGAGCUACACCAACGGAAGUCCUGUCAUCCCCAGGGGCGCCUACAGCAGCCCCAACUACGAAGUCUCUGUAUAGAAGUAGAGCAGGAAAAAAACUCUUACAACUUUUUAUGGUCCUUGUAACUGAUAGAUACUACAGUCCGUUAAAGCAGCAUGCAGUUCCUGCAGCAGUUGGCAGGUAGCGUUGUUGUAGUUGUUAGCAGUUUUAUAAGACCAGGGAUUUUCUUACUAUAGGAUCUUAUGGUUGACCAGAACAUAUCUGUUUCAAAAAGUAAGACAUAAAAAAGGGUUUGUAGGGUUUUCAUGGGCAGAGACAGGAUUUCUCAGACGAAGAAAAAUGUACAAAAAUAAUAUUUAUUGCAAAAUAUGGCAAACCAGCUCACCAGCAAAAGUUAUGCUUUCAACAAUACAUACAAGAGCCCCCCUCCCCCAAUCCAAGGCCUCCUUGGAUACAGAACUAAAAGUAAAUGGUCAAUGCAUUCAGUCUUUUCCAAAACUGUACAGCAAAACUAUUUUGUCAUUUGCUCAGUCUCACAAAGUCACUUCUUGAAAAUCAGUAUUGCAAUUAUUAAUAUUUCCUAUCUCCAGGCAUGUUAGAGAUUUGGGAGUAUAUUUUAGAUUUUUGUAAAGAAGAAAAAAUGUGUUUCUCAUUUUGGAUCAGUACAACUGAACUAACCAGGUGUUUCCGCCAGUAUUUGUGAAUGGCCAUUUUACAUACUGUUUAUAUAACUGACAAGCAACACCAAUUGAAUUACAUGGCUCUUUGUACACUCUACUUUUUGCUCCAAAUUCCCAAUACAGCUUACAAGUGAAUACAUGUACAUAGCAGCCAAAUAUAGUCUUAUUUCUGACAGAAGGAAAGCAUUUUGUGCUCUUUUCUUACAUGUUUUCUUUUUAAGGGAUUUUGAAAUUUUUUUUUAGGACUUAUUUGUUAAUACUGAGCUAGUACAUGUACUUUGUACAAUUUUCCUUUUACUGAGUUUAUGACAUUUUCCUCUUUCCUGAUUGAUUGGUUUUCUGUCAGAAAAAUCCUUGACCAUGUAAUCCAAUUGGUACAGCUGUAACAACAUUUCCGAGGCACAUUUCACGGCACUAUUUUUGUACUCAUCACGAAAUUACAUAUUCUUCCAAAGAAACAAGAGUUUAUCAAAUGUAACGGUGGCUAUUUAUUGCAGACUAUUUUAAGUUUGAAGGAGUUUCAGUCAUAAAUUUGACUUUUGUGUUAAAACAUGACUGUAUUGCUAGAAAGCAUUUAUCAUUUUACUUUGACGAAUUUUAUCACAUACAAGCUUGUGUACUUUGUAAACCAUUGAUGCCAUAUGGUAAUGGCUUGAAGCAUAGUGGCCAGUUCAUGUACUAAAGUAUAUUUAUUACUAUAUGUAAAAAGGUCCAACUGGCUGUGAUGGUAUAUUCAGGGGUUUUGAAUACCUCCACGGAUAUGGAGGAAAUGUUCACAAUUCAGUGAAACGUGGGAAUUUUAAAGUGAAUCCUACAAAAAUUAGCUCUAGAUCUCCCAUAUAUAGGAGUUGGGCAAUGCCAAGAUAGCUUGUCGUUCAUUGAUAAAAGAACGAAUAGCCAAAAUCACUACAACAUGAGGACUGUUGCUAGUGCCCCAUGAUGAUGUAGUUUGUAAAUCUUGGUCCGUAGUAGAGGCCAAAGUUCACCUGGGAUCAAAGGUGAAGGUCAUAGGUCACCUAUGUGGAGGUCAGAGGUGACCACCAAGGUGAAAGGUGACUGGGGAUCAGAGGUCAAAGCAUUUUAGUCUUGAGGCAAAAUGAGCUUUUGUGAACCAGACAAUCCAGCGAAUGUUUCAAAUUGUAAUUUUUAUCGUCCUCUUAUUCUAAGUUAUUGUAGCGUUUUUUGCUGUAUGUAUGUACAUAACCACUAUUUUUGUAAAUAGCUUUGAAAGACUGCUGAAAUGUGUCAACACGUACUUAAAUGUUCGGAAGCGUUGUUGCAUUAGUGUGCAAGAGUACUAACGUGGUAGCAGGCGACGCCCAGUUCGGAAAGACGAUGUGGUGCCACUUUGUAUGUUAGACGCCAAAUGUAAUUCAUGAAUGGAUGUGGAUAUGUACAGUUAAAGUCACUUUGGAAAAGAAUUUGAGCAACAACUUGAGCUGUCAGUGGUUGUCUCUUCUUGUGACAGGAACAGAUGUGAGGAUGUUGUAGUUGCUGACAUCAGGAUUCUCACCAGGCUGUUUCAGUGUAAGGAC